AUGACGUCGCCAGCAAAAUUCAAAAAGGAUAAGGAGAUCAUAGCUGAAUAUGACACUCAAGUUAAAGAGAUCCGUGCCCAAUUGGUAGAGCAGCUGAAAUGCCUUGACCAGCAGUGUGAGCUUCGAGUCCAGUUACUGCAGGACUUGCAGGAUUUCUUCCGCAAGAAGGCAGAGAUUGAGAUGGAUUACUCAAGGAAUUUGGAGAAGUUGGCUGAGAGAUUCCUGGCUAAAACUAGGAGCACCAAAGACCAGCAAUUCAAGAAGGAUCAGAAUGUGCUAUCACCAGUCAAUUGCUGGAAUCUCCUGCUAAAUCAGGUGAAGCGGGAGAGCAGGGAUCACACCACUCUAAGUGACAUCUAUCUCAACAACAUCAUCCCGCGCUUUGUCCAGGUCAGCGAAGAUUCGGGGCGCCUGUUCAAGAAGAGCAAGGAAGUGGGAUUGCAGCUCCAGGAGGACUUGAUGAAGGUCUUAAAUGAACUCUACACGGUUAUGAAAACCUACCAUAUGUACAACGCUGACAGCAUUAGUGCUCAGAGCAAACUGAAAGAGGCAGAGAAGCAGGAAGAGAAGCAGAUUGGGAAGUCGGUGAAACAAGAGGACAAGCAGACACCACGCUCCCCCGACUCGACUUCCAAUGUCAAGUUUGAAGAAAAACAUGUUCGACGAAGCUCUGUCAAAAAAAUAGAGAAAAUGAAGGAGAAGCGCCAAGCGAAGUAUACAGAAAAUAGACUGAAGGCUAUUAAGGCAAGAAACGAAUAUCUGCUAGCUCUGGAAGCCACCAAUGCAUCUGUAUUCAAGUAUUACAUUCAUGACCUGUCUGAUCUCAUUGAUCAGUGUUGUGACCUGGGAUACCAUGCUAGCCUCAACAGAGCUCUCAGGACAUUCUUGUCUGCUGAGCUAAACCUGGAGCAGUCAAAGCACGAGGGUCUGGAUGCCAUUGAAAACGCCGUUGAGAACCUGGAUGCCAACAGUGAUAAGCAGCGCCUGAUGGAGAUGUACAACAAUGUCUUCUGUCCGCCCAUGAAGUUCGAGUUUCAGCCGCAUAUGGGAGAUAUGGAGUCGCAGCUAUGUGCCCAACAGCCAGUCCAGAGUGAGUUAGUGCAGAGGUGCCAACAAUUGCAGUCUAGAUUAUCUACACUUAAGAUUGAAAACGAAGAGGUUAAGAAGACUAUGGAAGCUACGCUCCAGACAAUCCAGGAUAUAGUCACGAUAGAGGACUUUGAUGUCUCUGACUGCUUUCAGUACAGCAACUCUAUGGAGUCUGUUAAAUCCACUGUCUCGGAAACGUUCAUGAGCAAACCGAGCAUUGCCAAGAGACGGGCCAACCAGCAGGAGACAGAGCAGUUCUAUUUCACAAAAAUGAAGGAGUAUCUGGAAGGCAGGAACCUGAUAACGAAGCUCCAAGCCAAACAUGACCUUCUUCAGAAGACCCUGGGAGAAAGUCAACGGACUGACUGUUCCGUUGCCAGGCGCAGCUCUACCAUAAGGAAGCAGGAUUCCUCACAAGCCAUUCCCCUGGUCGUGGAGAGCUGCAUAAGGUUCAUUAGCAGACAUGGUUUGCAGCAUGAAGGAAUAUUCAGAGUGUCUGGAUCACAAGUUGAAGUGAAUGACAUAAAAAAUGCAUUUGAGAGAGGGGAGGAUCCGUUGGCUGGGGACCAGAAUGACCACGACAUGGAUUCAAUAGCAGGAGUUCUGAAGCUCUAUUUUCGAGGGUUGGAGCACCCUCUCUUCCCCAAGGAUAUCUUUCAUGAUCUGAUUGCCUGUGUCACAAUGGAUAAUUUACAAGAGAGAGCGCUCCACAUACGCAAAGUGCUUCUGAACCUGCCCAAGACCACUCUGAUUGUAAUGAGAUACCUCUUUGCAUUCCUCAAUCAUUUAUCUCAGUUCAGUGAAGAGAACAUGAUGGAUCCCUACAAUUUAGCCAUCUGCUUUGGGCCAACACUGAUGUCUGUGCCUGAAGGUCAUGAUCAAGUCUCUUGCCAAGCUCAUGUCAAUGAAUUGAUCAAAACUAUCAUCAUCCAACAUGAGAACAUCUUCCCAGGACCAAGGGAGCUGGAGGGUCCAGUCUAUAGCAGAGGUGGAAACACUGAGGAUUACUGCGAAAGUCCUCACGGAGAGAGAGCCUCAACGGAAGACUCGGUUCAGGACGUCACAGCUGAACACCACACCAGUGAUGAUGAGUGUGAGCCCAUAGAAGCAAUAGCGAAGUUCGACUACAUUGGCAGGACUGCACGAGAGCUGUCCUUUAAAAAAGGAGCUUCUCUCUUACUCUAUCAGCGGGCCUCAGAUGACUGGUGGGAGGGACGCCACAAUGGAAUUGACGGCCUUAUUCCUCAUCAGUAUAUCGUCGUUCAAGACACUGAGGAUGGUAUCUCUGAAAGAUCCAGUCCGAAGUCUGAAAUAGAAAUAAAUUCUGAGCCACCGGAAGAAAAAGUGACUGCUAGAGCUGGUGCCAGUUGCCCAAGUGGGGGUCACGUCGCAGAUAUUUACCUUGCAAACAUCAACAAGCAAAGAAAGAAACCAGAGUCAGGCAGCAUCAGAAGAGCCUUCCGUCAAAGUGACAGCCAUGGACUAGGUAGUUCAAUGGCAGAACCAGCCUCCCCAGGAGCCAUAGCCGGUUCCAGGCCCUCAUCUCAGCCCAUUAUGAGCCAAAGUCUUCCCAAGGAGGUUCCAGAUAAAUGCUCCAUCAGUGGCCAUGGCAGCCUCAAUUCUAUCAGCCGACACUCGUCUCUAAAGAACAGGAUAGACAGCCCGCAGAUCCGGAAAACUGUGACAGCAGGGAGGUCUAAGAGCUUCAACAAUCAUCGGCCCAUGGACCCUGAAGUUAUUGCACAGGAUAUUGAAGCUACUAUGAACUCUGCUCUGAACGAGCUGCGGGAGCUGGAAAGACAAAGCAGCGUAAAGCACACACCAGAUGUUGUCCUCGACACCCUGGAGCCUUUGAAGACGUCUCCGGUGGUGGCCCCCACCUCGGAACCUUCCAGCCCUCUGCACGCUCAGAUCCUCAAGGACACUGAACCAGCUUUCCAGCGCAGCGCUAGCACAGCCGGUGACAUACCGUGCACCUUCAGGCCAGUGAAGUCGGUCAAAAUGGCCACCCAGGUGAAACCUCCGGCAACUCGGCCGAAGCCUACAGUUUUCCCCAAAACAAACGCCACGAGCCCUGGCGUUGCCUCCUCUGCAUCUCAGCAGCCUGCUGACAAGUCCUGUACUGUCUGA